GGUGGGGAGGCGGGACUGGCCGCGUCUCCUUGGCGACGGCGGACGCGGCGGUGCGAGCAGCGGUGCCUACCUCCUGGGGACGCGCUGGUGGCGGCGAGGACCCAGACGGGGACUAGGCCAUGUCGGACCUGGGCUCGGAGGAGGUGGAGGAGGAGGGAGAGAAUGAUCUUGGGGAGUAUGAAGGGGACCGGAACGAGGUUGGCGAACGGCACGGACACGGGAGAGCAAGGCUGCCCAACGGGGACACGUAUGAAGGGAGCUACCAGCAUGGUAAAAGGCAUGGCCAGGGGAUCUACAAAUUUAAAAACGGCGCUCGAUACAUUGGAGAAUACGUUAAAAAUAAAAAACAUGGCCAUGGCACUUUCAUAUACCCAGACGGAUCAAGAUAUGAAGGGGAGUGGAUGGAUGACCACAGACACGGCCACGGCGUGUACUACUAUGUCAACAACGACACGUACACGGGAGAGUGGUUUGCUCACCAGAGGCACGGGCAAGGCACCUACUUCUACGCAGAGACGGGCAGUAAGUAUGUAGGUACCUGGGUGAGCGGACAGCAGGAGGGUGCGGCCGAGCUCAUCCACCUGAACCACAGGUACCAGGGCAAGUUCUUGAACAAAAACCCCAUCGGGCCGGGAAAGUACGUGUUCGAUAUCGGAUGUGAACAGCACGGGGAGUACCAUCUGACAGAAACGGAUAGAGGAGAAGAGGAGGAGGAGGAGGAGGUGACGGUGAUGGCCGUCACCCCAAAAUGGAAGGCCACCAAAAUCACAGAACUGGCUCUGUGGACGCCGACCCUCCCCGAGGAGCAGCUGCCUGCGGACGGGGCGGGCCAGGAGGAGGCCCCGGGAACCGAGGGCGGCGGGGAGCCAGCGGAGGACGGCCAGGCUCUGCUGGACACUCCCGAGGGGGAGACGGACUUCAUGAGGCUGGGGGAAGACGACGGAGACGCCGCCAGGGAGGAGGGGCGUGAAAAUGGCCGCGAGGAGCUUCGAUACGACACCGCCGACCAGGAAAAUGCUAAUUUUGAAGACGACGAAAGUAAGCAGUGAGAGCGGUCGGAGCCAGAAGCAAGCGGGACGAAGGGGAGAACCAAUCACAGACACGCUGACCCCCGGCCAGCUGGCGCGAGGCUGUCUGUCUUUCUUACUUGCUGUUUACAUCGUGCAGUAUAGCAACAAUAGCAAUAAAUUUCUUCCUCAUCCUUUGUUUAUGGAA